AAACAUCACCAAAGUACAUGCAAGGAGAUGGCAGGAAGAUGAAGCUUUUUUAUCCAGGACUGGUGGUUCAAGGAUGUCCCACCUCGGUGAAGAUGAUUCCUUAGGUGUGGAGGAAAGCCACUUACUGAAGAGACUUAUCUGAUCAUAGCACACUUUUCUGUAAGCUGCAAUCUCCAUGCAGGAUUACUUCAACAAUCUGCACCAAGUCACUUAUAUGGUGCCUCUACACUUUCUGUUAAACUUAAAAUUGGAAUCAAGAUUACAUAUUUUCCUCCAAAUCUCUAUUCCCUCCUACUCACCUCCCCCCCAUCCUGCAAUAUCUGGUUGACCAUGUAGAAUUUAUGAAACAAAGGAUGUUUUGCAAUAGACAAACGUUUUUAAUGGCACUUUAUAAUUUUAUAUAACAUGUUUCAGUCAAUUGAAGCAACAUGCAUGCAUUCAUAUAAAGAUGAUAAUUUUGUUCAUGACUAGAUUAUUUACAUAUAUAUCCUUUUUUUUUUUUUUUUUACUCAAAUGCAAGCAUCAUUUGAUUAAGUAGUAGCAGAUUGCAGGUGUCAUGAGAAGGUGGCCCAUAAGAGGAAGAGGCGUAUAAGAAUACUGCUACUUCUGUGGAAAUAAUUGGGUUACCAUGUGUUCUGCUACUGUCUAAUUUUAGUUAUUUCAUGUGAUUAGACAGUUGUAGCUUACUGAUUUUAAUGAGCGAUUGAAUUGCAGUGCCUCUACCAGAAGAGACCUGCGUUUCUAGCAGCCUUGUGAUACUUGUGUAGGAAGAUGCUUGUUUUUAAAAGAAAUUUAAAAAUUAAUGUGUGUUUAGCCUGCAAAUGUACCAUGCUAAUUUGUUGCCAAAAUCUAGUCAAAGUGUUCAUAAGGAAUGUACUGAAACGGCUCUAUCCUGAAACUUCAUCAUCCCUUGUGCAUACUUCGAGUGGAAAAGAGGAGGUGGUUCUCAGAAAUCCGGGCUCAAAAUCCAGAGAGAAGGACUUGGAAAAUGUUCAGACUCUGUCAGCAGGUGCUAGUACAUCAAGUGAUGCACCCAGCAAAUCAUCUCAAGGUAGUGACAAUACAGUUCUGCCUCCAAGGAGAAUGUACACAGUGAAUCUUCCUCCUGAGGGUUAUGUUGCAGUUACUCAAGAUACUAAUAGUAUUUCAGUUUCUGAAAACUCAGAGGAUAGUGCUGAGUCUACAGAGGAGUAUCAAGGACAAACCAAGAGAAAACGCGUUCGAAGGAAGAAACAAAAGAACAGUUUGCAAAACUCUAAUAAUCUACAUGGAGAACAAACAGAAGCUGGAAUGCAAGAGACUCUUGUUCAAGAUAAUUUACAGCUGCAACAGACAGACAGCCCCAAAAUAAGCAAAAACAAAAAGAGGAAAAUGAAAAAGAAGCGACAGAAAGAAAAAAUGAGAGCAGCUGGCUUGCUAACAAAAAAUACUGGUGUGGAUUUUACAUAUCAGCCUGACAAAAACAACAGAGAAGGAGCAGCAGACUUAAAAGACAUAGAUGAAAAGGCGGAUAGCAUCCUGGAUUUCUUGCAGGCAACACAACAAAUUUAUUUUGCUGACAAUAAAUCAGAAUGCACAGAUUCUGCUGUAAAUUCAGCAACUACCCAAGAACUUUUACAACAUCUUGAAUCUCGCAACAUAUCUUCCUCAGAUGUGACCCUGCUACAUCAGCUGAAAUCCUUUGUAUUGCUACAGGAUAUUGACAGACUGAAGGACGCUUUGAAACAAUUCCAAGAACAUUCCAUGAUGUCUCCCAAUCAUACCAAGAUAGUCAUUACUCUGUUUCACUACUGGAUUACAGAUAUCCUUCCUGUGAGGAACAGGAAAUGAAGCCUUGCCUGCGUCCAUAUGUGCAGGGUUAAAAUUUAAUAUACAAGCUCUUAACCAAAUAGCAAUUAUUCAGGAAGAGCAGUGUCAAUAUACGUUCUACACCUUCAGGUAAAUUAAUUAUUUUUUGUUGUUAAAAACUCCCGAAGACAAUAAACAGGGUACAACUACAUAUAAUUUUUGUUCUUAGUCAAGAAUUAUACAUACGCUGUAUGGCCUGAAUCUUCAGCUGGAUGAGUAUGUAUAUUUCACUUUGGGAUAUGGGCCAUAUCUAAAAUGAUUAAGUUUGUAUCAAGUAUUUUGUUUAAGAGGUAUAGUAAUUUUUUUAUGUUUAUUAAUUGAUAGUUCCUUUCUGGAAGUUUUGUAUCUUGUCUUUUCUUGUUUAUGUGCAAUAUAUAUCUGUCUACCUGAAACACAGAAAUAUUGUAUUUUUAUAUGUAUUUUUAUAUUUGUUAAAUUUAAGCAAAAAUGCAUCUGAGGACUGUAUUUUUGCUGAAUAAACUGAUAAAUUAUGGAAGUCGA